AUGCAGGCUGCCCAGCAGUCCUGGGAGCUCGAGAACGCAAUCAGCGUCUUCGACCCACAACGCGAUGCCCUCUACCAAUAUGAUGAAGAAGCUCAAAAGACUCUGAACGCUGAACGACCGUGGGCCUCAGACCCGUACUAUUUCAAAUACGUACGCAUCUCCGCCACAGCACUAUUGAAAAUGGUGAUGCAUGCUCGCUCAGGCGGAUCCAUAGAGGUGAUGGGUCUGAUGCAAGGAUACAUCCUGCCAAACACAUUUGUCGUAACCGAUGCAUUCCGACUACCUGUUGAGGGCACAGAAACCCGGGUCAAUGCUCAGGACGAGGCGAACGAGUACAUGGUUUCCUAUCUUCAGUCGUGUCGGGAUGCGGGGCGGAAGGACAAUGCUGUUGGAUGGUACCAUAGCCAUCCUGGGUAUGGAUGUUGGCUAUCUGGCAUUGAUGUUGCGACUCAACAAACGCAGCAGAUGACGGGGCCCUUCGUGGCUGUUGUCAUUGAUCCGGAGCGCACGAUCUCUGCUGGGAAGGUCGAGAUUGGUGCUUUCAGAACUUUCCCGGAGAAUUACACCCCACGGAAAGAAGCUCAUGAAGAUGAUGAGUAUCAGACCAUCCCGCUAGGCAAGGCGGAAGACUUUGGUGCGCAUGCCAAUCAAUAUUACUCGCUUGAGACGACACAUUUCAAGAGUACUCUCGACUCCGAGCUUUUGUCCCUGCUCUGGAACAAGUACUGGGUUGCUACGCUCAGUCAGAGUCCGCUUUUCACAUCUCGGGACUAUGGCAGCAAGCAGAUUCUGGAUUUAAGCCAGAAAGUGCGCAAGGCAUCGCGAGCACUCGAAACCAACAACCCUGGCGGCGGAUCCGCCGCAGUCAAGGAUCAACAGCUGGAUAAAGUUGUCCGUGGUGGUCAGCGCAUCGUCUCAGAAGAAGUCAAGGGUCUUCUCGCAUCCGAAGUAAAGAUGAAACUCUUUCAAGGCAUCGGGGAUCAAUCCACUUCGUCAACCUAG